GCUGAGUACGAGUUGGAAAGCACAGAGAGACUUCUUCAUGACAUAAUUAAUGUCCCCAGACCAUAACGUUACAGCUGAGAGGCUUUCGGGUUAAGAAUAAUUAUUCAUGUGUUUAAGAGUAACGCUUACAGGUUUAGAGAGAGACAAGAAUAAGUUAGGUACCUGGGUAAUUCAUUCCUGGGAUUGGAUUACCUCUGGUCUUCCCCGUGUGGACCUGACCCACCAGGCUGGAGAGCGGACGACAACAUGGCUGCAGUCUUCUGGGCGACGGGCUUCUCUCUGCUCCUGCAGGGCUGCUGGUGCAGCGUUGGGCAGCAGGACAGAGGCUGCAUGACGUGGACAACAAACGAGGACAAUGUUUGCUGUGAAGCCUGUUAUCCCGGACACCACCUGGCCAAGGACUGUGGCCCCAGCCCGAAGGACCUUUGUGUUCCUUGUGAGCACGGGACAUUUUCUGGGAAGUCUAAAAACAAGAGUUGUACCAGGUGUGCACAGUGUGUAGGCGCUCAGGUUUAUGUGAAACAGUGCACAGCCACAAGUGACACACAGUGUGGCUGUAAAGAGGGACUCACCUGUGGGGACGACCGCUGCUCCUUCUGCGUUAAAAGGUGUGACAGAGGUCAGGAACCUACAGAGAAACGUUCAUGCAGAACGUGUCCAGCUGGAACCUUCAACGACCAAAGUCACCAGAUGUGUAAACCCUGGAGUACCAAGUGUCCUGAUCCAGAACAAAUGAUCGUUGCCAUGGGAGAUGCAUUUUUUGACAUUACGUGUGCUAAUGUUUCAGGUGGCCUGGUGCACAAACCAAAGAAACCGGAUCCCACAGAACAGUCCUGGCCGUUGGUCUUAUCUGUGGUCACCAGUGUCGCGCUGAUGGCCGUUGGCAUCAUCAUCACAAUCAGCAGCAUUAUGGCCAAGAAAAGGAAGGCAGGAGAAGAAAAGCCGAUCCCAAAAACACCGAUAAUCAGAACCCCUACAGAUGACGAUGAUGAUGAUGAUAAUGAUCCCAGGACAUUAAUAGCAGUUGAGUGCAGUUUCCACGAGGCCAAGCAAGAGCGGGGCAGCCACUCAGAGUCCUCACAUCAGCUCAUCGUGUGAGUGGCUGGAACGCCACACUGAACUUCCUGUUGAACUCUGUGAAGGGAAACAGGAUAUCCUGAAUCAGAUGGGGGUCCAUGUUUGCGAUACCGAGCCGUACGUAGGACAUUCGACAGUUACAGAGCAAUGUGUUUACCCUUCUGUCUUUUUUUACCCGCCCUAUUUCCCUUUUAUCAGAGGAACCCAAAGCUACUGGGAAUAUGUUGAGCGGUCCGGUCAGAGCUAAUAGGAGAGAAUUCCAGUGAUCUUUUGACGUUACCGUAAAUAAACAAGAGUGGAAGGGGAAUUCUGGAUGGGGGGGAAAAACAUUCACCGUGUGAAUUAGAGCAGACUGUGUGUUUGGUUUUCUCUUUCGGUUAAGCUUGAAGUGUAUAAUAUUCCUAACAACUUGCUGUGGGAGGUUUUUAAAUUAUUGGAUCGAAUUCGGCACCAGAUGGUAAAACAGAAUCCUGUGACGUCCUUUAGAAACGGAACUAAAAUAACUAUUUUUAAACAAACCAACAAUGCUCUCAACCGUAAUUGUACGUGGUGAAACAUUUAGCAUGUAUCAGGGGAUAGUUUGUCAGUUUUUUUGUGUCUGUUUUGGUUUCUUAUCAAUAUUUAAAGUAUUUAAAUGAGUCUAUAUAACACAGAAGAUACCAGCUUUGUUUCCUCUUUUAAACAAAGCUGUCCUGUUGAAGACCAGGUGGCAUAUUGCCUACACCUCCCUACCCAACGUUAUGAGGAACUAUAUGAAAAUUCCUACUUUAAUGGUGUCAAAAACUCCAGUGAAGGGAGUUUCCAUUUUUGUUAAGUAAUGCUAUGAUAUGUUAAGGGGAAUCUACUGUACAGUACACGAUAAUACAUAAUUAUUUAUGGGUUGAACAACACUUCUUAAGCAAGUUGGGACAUGCCCAGUGAAAUAAUCAUUAAGACUAAAUGUCAGAUGUGAUUCGUCAUGUGCUGCUCGUGCAUUUUUGAGAUUCCAACCUAGUGCGUUACCUUGGGACAAAUAUGAUACACACUUGGCUUCAUACGGGGUACACAAGGUAUCAAGAUUAGGCUCAAGGGUCAUGUGGACCCCCCGUAGAGAGUCCUAUACUCCUCAUUGCUUUUGCUCUCUUCCAGCACAACAGAGUGGGCAGCUGCAGCCGACCACGUGGAACCUUCUUUUGCAAACGCGUGCCUUUCCUUUACUGUAGCAGGCGGACAUUUUUCUUCUGAAAUGGAACAUUCCGUGUGGGCUUGGGGUUAAAAUGUUAAAAUGUUGGUCCACACCUAUGGUGAUGCAUCAGCGAGCAUGUGUGAGUCAUAGUUUGAGCAAUGUGAUGAUAGAAGACCACAAAGUCCACAGGCGCUGCCUUGAGAAGCGUUACCACAGUACGGUCUACGUCACACUGACGUCGUCUGAACUGGAGCACUUUAUCGGUUAUUUGAUUAAUUACAUGCACUUCUGGUUUGUUUGGUAUGUAAAUGCAUCUUCCUGCCUUUUUAAAUGUAUAUAUUUUUUUACAAGACUUGCUUUUUUAUGUGUUUAGUGCUGUCCAUGUUUACACUGCAGUAUGCAUUCUGUUACAUUGUACUUUUAUAACUUUUUAAAAACAAAUAAAAUUUCAUUUUUCAUUUUUUA